AUGAAUCAGAGCAACCCAUUAUCUGUCGCACUUGCAGAUAGUCUGUCCACGUAUGAUAUUCAAAAUGAAUCCUUUCGCCUAGGUAAUGUAUCAAUCGAAGGAGAUAAAUUUAUAUGCGUUAAAGAAAAUGUAAAUGAGAAUACCCAAGUAGUAGUUAUCAACUUGCAUAGUAAAGUAAGCACACGUAAAUAUAUGAAAGCAGAAAGUGUUAUUAUUCAUCCGCAUGAUCCUAUUUUAGCUUUAAGGGGCACAAUAAAAAAUGUGAAUACUAUAUUUUUACAAGUUUUUAAUAUUGAAACUAAGGAAAAAAUAUGCUCCUUGAAUUUAAAUGAGUAUAUGAGUUAUUGGAAAUGGAUAAAUAAUGACACGAUUGCAAUAAUCUGUGAAAGGAAUGUAUAUCAUUGGACAAUAGAUGUUCACAAUAGUAAAAGACAUAAAGAAAAUUACACUUUAACAAAAGUUUUUGAAAAGGCACAAGUGUUCAUAGAUAACAAUUCACAAAUAUUAUACUAUGCAACUGAUAAGGAUAUGAAAUGGUGUAUAUUAUGUGGAAUAUCUACACAAGAUCAGGGGAAAAGUAUAGAUGGAUAUAUGCAACUUUAUUCUUGUGAAAAAAAAUUACAUCAAACUAUUGAAGGGUUUAUAGGAUGUUUUGGAUCAUUUAUAUUUGAUAAUUGGGAUAUAAAACCACUUUUUUGUUUUAUUGAAAGAAAGAAAAAUUCAACUAUAUCAAGGUUACAUUUAAUGGAUAUAAAUGCAAAUAAAACAGAGGGUAGUGGCACACCAUACAAAAUUGUGAAAGAAAUUAAUUUAAUCAAUGAACAUUUGAAUGAUUUUCCUAUAUACAUCAGUUUAAAUACAUUACAAGGGGUAAUAUAUAUUGUUACGAAAUGUAGUUAUGUUUACAUAUUUGAUGAAGGCACAUUAACCCAAAUUGUUAAAGAGAAAAUUAGUGAAGAUAACAUUUUCAUAUGUUGUGAUAGCAAAAAUGGUGAAGGAAUUUAUGCAGUAAAUAAAAAAGGUAAAAUUUAUUUUAUUACAAUUAAUUAUCUGAAUUUAAUAAAUUAUUUAAAACUAUCAAAUAUAGAUGUAAAGGAGAAAAUUAUAAAAAAUUUGUGUGUAAAAUAUGGUUAUCCAGGAUGUGAUUACAUAAGUGCGUACAAGAAAUGUAUCAACGAAAUGGAUUUUAAAAAGGCAGCAAAAAUUAUAUGUCUAUUGAAGAAUACAAAAAUUUAUGAAGAAUAUUCAACGUCGAUUGCAGAAGCAAUUUUAAUGAUGAAUAAAAAAAAUGUAGAUAUUAGAGUUAUUCCACCAUUGCGAACACAACAAGUGUUAAACAGUUUCAAAUCAUUUAAAAAUGCAUCAGGACAGUUAUCGCCUCUACUUCUUUACUUUUCAGUACUGUUAGAUUAUGAUAAAUUGAAUACGUAUGAAUCUGUCGAAUUGGUAAAACCUGUUGUUUUGCAAAAAAAGAAGGAAUAUUUAGAAAAAUGGAUAAAAGAUGAUAAAUUAACAUGUUCAGAAGAAUUGGGAGAUUUAAUUAAAGUGUUGGAUUUACGACUAGCACUUAAUAUUUACCUACGAUGUAGUGCGCACAACAAAGUAAUUUCCUCCUACUGUCUUCUGAACAUGUUUAACAAUGUGUUAAGUUACUUAAACAAUUUCAAGCAUGUUAAUUUCGAUUUUGUGGGUAUAUUUAUUAACAUAGUAAAUUAUGAAUUCGCAUGUAGUAACGAGAAAGAUAUGAGUUCAGGCAUUAGUGAUAUGAGUAACUCGUCAAAGAAUGAAGCAAUGGAUUUUUUUAAUGAUGGUAAUAAUAAUACGAAUGAUGGUAGACAAGGAAAAGGUAAUAACAGCGAAGUUGGAGUUCAGUAUAUAAAAUUUUUAUGUGAAAAUAACAUUUCAUUUGAUAUUAAUAACAUCAUUGAUUAUUUAUUGAGUAAAAAAAAAUUACAGGAAGCAACAUCCAUAUUGUUAGAUUAUUUAAAAGAUAAUAAACCAGAACAUACAAAUUUGCAAACAAAAUUAUUUGAAUUUAAUUUAUAUAACAAUGUGCAAGUAGCAGAAACACUAUUCCAAAUGGAUAUAUUUACUCACUACGACAAAAAUAGAAUAGCAUAUUUAUGUGAAGAAAAGGGACUAUUUCAAAGAGCAUUAGAAAAUUACACUAAUUUAAAUGAUAUAAAAAGAGUUAUUACGAAAUCUCCUUGUCUUCAAAAAAACACAAAUAUGAAUCAGAAUAUGGAUAGUUCUGUCAUCAACGGAGGAAUUUCUAUUGAAUGGAUUAAAAAAUAUUUUUCGACCUUAAGUGAUUCGGCAUGUCAAGAUAUAUUAUUCGAUUUUAUGAAAGGGAAUAAAAUAAAUAUGGAGGUUGUUAUUUCAAUAUGUGUUCAAUAUUAUAACAAAAUAGGCAUCAAAAAAAUUAUUAAUAAAUUUGAGGAAAACAAAAAUUAUGAAGGAAUUUUCUAUUUUGUUAGUUCUAUUUUGAGCCAUUUACCAAACUUAACGAAUAAAUCAUCGGAUCAAUUAAUGUACAAGAUGAAUGAUGAUACUUCGUCAAUUUUACUGGCAUCUGAAAUCGGAUCACAGUACAGUACCACGGAAAAUUCGUCCAAUCUGAAAAUUGAAGAUGUUCAUUUUAUUAUGUUUAAAUAUAUUGAAGCUUGUGUUAAGAUAAAUAACAUUCAAGAAUUAGAUAGGAUAUGCAAAGAUAAAAAUGCAAAAUAUAAUCCUGAACAAAUUAAAAAUUUUUUAAAAGAUUGCAAGCUGUCCGAUCCACGUCCACUAAUAUAUGUUUGUGAUAUACAUAAUUAUAUAGAAGAAUUGGCAGAGUAUUUAUAUAAAAACAGUUUAUUAAAAUAUAUCGAAGUUUAUGUUAUAAAGGUAAAUCCAAAUAAUGCACACAAAGUUAUUGGUGUUUUACUAGAUCUGGAUGCUUCAGAAGAUUUUCUUCUCAAUUUGUUAAAUAAUAUAAAAAAUAUUUCUAAUAUUGGAAAUUUAAUCGAAAUAGCUGAAAAGAGGAAUAGACUAAAAUUGUUGUUACCUUGGUUGGAAAGUAGGUCCAAUGAAGGUUAUGAGAAUAUCGAAUUACACAAUGCUUUAGCAAAAAUAUAUAUUGAUUUGAAUAAAGAUCCAGAAAACUUUUUAAAAAAUAACAAUUUUUAUAAUAAAAAAUUGAUAGGAAAAUAUUGCGAAGACUUGGAUCCCCAUUUAGCUUAUACUGUAUAUGAAAAAUCAAACGGAGAAUGUGACGAGGAGCUUAUUAACAUUACAAGCAAAAAUGGCUUGUUUAAAUUACAGGCAAAGUAUUUAAUAUCAAGACAAUCCAUGGAAUUGUGGAAAAUGGUUUUAGAUGAAUCUAAUAAAUAUAGAAAAAAUGUUAUAGAUCAAGUUAUCGGCUCUACUUUAAUAGAAUCGAACAAUGCAGAUGAAAUUACCAUAACAGUUAAAGCUUUUAUUGAAAAAAAAUUAAGCAACGAAUUAAUUGAGCUCUUAGAAAAAAUUGUUUUGCAUAAUAGUGAUUUUAGUGAUAAUAAAAAUUUGCAAAAUCUUCUAAUCCUUACUGCAAUAAAAUCAGAUUCUAAAAAAGUAAUGGAAUAUAUUAACCGACUUGAUAAUUUUUCAGGGCCACAAAUUGCAUCUGUUGCAUAUGAUUAUAAGCUGAGAGAAGAAGCAUUUGUUAUUUAUAAAAAGUUUAAUUGCUACACAUCAGCGAUUUCUGUAUUAUUAGAUAAAAUACUCCAAAUAAGGAAAAAUGCAUAUACAAAUGAGUUUUCACAAAAUGGCUCUUCUAUCUAUAACGAGAGUGAUGAUUAUGUAAUGUUUAUUGGAGCAGAGACUAAUAACAACUAUCAAGAAAAGUUGGAUAAUUUAUACUGUAAUAGUAAUGAAAUAGGAAAUGAAAAUGUAAACAAUUAUUAUGCAGAGAAUAAUGAGAAGAAGGAUGAUAAUGAUUUGUCUUUGGAUGUUAAAAUUUAUGAAGAUGAUUUAAAUAGAGCCAUUGAAUAUGCUCAAAAAUGCAACAAUAAUGAUGUAUGGUUUAUAUUGGGGAAGGCACAAUUAAAAAUAAACAAAGUUAUUGAUGCUAUAGACAGUUUUGUGAAAUCCAAUAAUCCUGAAGCAUACAAAGAAGUAAUAGAAAAAUGCAAGGAAAAUAAUUUCUAUGAACAUUUAAUAACAUACUUGAAUACUUUGAGAGAUCAUAAUUCAUUAAAAGACGUGCUAGUAGAUUCUGAAUUACUGUAUGCUUAUGCAAAAUUGAAAAAAACAACAGAAAUGAUAAAAUUUAUUACAAGUACCAAUUCAGCUAAUUUACAGUUGAUAGGUGACAGAUUGUUUAAAGAACAAGAAUACGAAGUUGCUAAAAUUUUGUAUAGUAAUAUACCAAAUAACCAGAAAUUAACGUUUUGUUAUUUGAAACUGAAGGAAUAUUCUUUAGCUAUAGAAGCAGCAAAAAAGGCAAAAAGUCUUAAAACAUGGAAAGAAGUAAAUUUCAUUUGUGUUAAAUAUAAACAACUGAAACAUGCGCAUACAGCUGGUUUACAUUUAAUUAUGCAUGCAGAUCAUUUAGAUGAAAUUAUCAAUAUUUAUGAAAAAAAAAAAUACAUAAAUGAGUUAAUGAGUAUGUUAGAAAAUGGAUUAAACAAUGAAAGAGCACAUGUUGGAAUAUACACAGAGUUGGGAAUUUUAUACGCAAAAUAUAAGCCUGAAAAAUUAAUGGAAUUUAUAAGAAACUAUUCAAAUAAAAUGAAUACAAGAAAAUUAAUUGAUGUUUGUCAAAAUGAAUAUUUAUUAAAAGAAGCGGUUUAUUUAUAUAUAUCUUAUGAUGAGUAUAAUUUAGCUGUAGAUACAAUUAUUAAGCAUUCACCAACGGCGUACUCACCAGAUACAUUUAUGCAAGUAAUUCAUAAAGUUACAAAUAGUGAUAUAAUACAUAAAGUUAUUGAUUUUUAUAUUGAAGAACAUCCAUUAAAUUUGUAUAAUUUGUUAAAAAUAUUAGAAAAUAAAAUUGAUAACAAUAGAUUAGUACAGACUUUGAAGAAAUCCAAUAAUUUGCCACUUAUACAGAAAUAUUUAGAAGAUAUACAAGGACAAAAUAUAACAGCUGUUAAUGAAACACUAAAUGAAAUUUAUUUACAAAAUGACGAUUAUAUCAGUUUGAGAAAUUCAAUUGAUGAAUAUGAUAAUUUUAAUCAAACGAAUUUAAUUAAUAAAUUAGAAAAUCAUAAACUUUCUGAAAUGAGAAGAAUUGCUGCAUUGUUAUAUAAAAAAAAUAAAAAAUAUAAAGAAGCUAUUAAUUUAUCAAAAAAAGAAGAACAGUAUAAAGAUGCAAUUGAAAUAGUUAGAGUAUCCAAAGACAAUUCAUAUGUAGAAGACUUAAUAAAUUAUUUCAUAGAAAUUAAAAAUAAGGAGGCAUUAUGCGCAUGCUUAAUUGUUUGUUAUGAUAUACUGAAACCUGAUUAUGUAUUAGAAAUUGUUUGGACAAGUGGAUUUAAAGACCAAGCCAUGUUAUAUUUUAUUCAAGUUAUUAGUGAUUAUACUUAUCAGAUUGAUACAAUGAAAAAACAAAUUGAAGACAUGCAAAAGGAAAAAAAAAUGAAUAAAUCUGCUCCAAAUGAUUUUUCAGCUAAUUCAUCUAUGUCUGGUCAGUUCACAUACUCUUUGAAUAACCAUUUAUCCAUUAUGCCUCCACAAAAUAACCACACAUCAAGUAAUUUACAAUUCGACAAAUAUGACAUGUUCAACAAUAAUUCCCAAUUUUGA